CGUUCGUAUCUCAACAAAACUCCAACUGGCUUGUAUUCAGUCCGCUGGUGUGUUAGCGUAGAAAUUAGAUUCGAAAAUGAUGUUACUGUUUAUAGUACUUUGGCUGGCCGUACAAUCACAUUCAGACUUCAUAGGUGAAAGAGAACAUACAUGUGGUGUGGUCUCAAUCUGCUGGAUGUAUACGUUUGAUAUCGACCCUGAAAGACCUGCAGUACAGUUCAUGCUGGGAGACUCUGAUUUACUGAUGGCUGGAGGAAAAGGAAAGUUCACGUCUUUGCAAUUGGCACCGUGUUAUAAACCCAAAAUAACAUUUAAAACCAGCUCCAGGUUGGAAACGUGGAAGCUCUCCACUACCUGUCCCCCAGCUGCUCAUAAUGUGAGGCGAUACAGUCGGCCUGUAACAGAACCACAGGGCAGGACUAAGGAAGCUUUGAAAAAAGUUGGUGACAUCAACAUGUGUGAAAAUGGAGCGCAGUAUCUUCUGCAGGAGGAUGAUUUUUUUAUUCUUGUUGGUUAUACUCGCUACUUCCCGAUAACUGUGCAGUCCAGAGACACGUCUUCUCUGCUUCUCUCCUGGAAUGUCACCUCCCCUUUGUACACAGUGGCCCUGUAUGAUAUAACAGGCACGUGGCUGAAGAAUGAAACCACUGACGAGACACUGUACAGGGUGGCUGGCCUGGAGCCCUGCCGAGAGUACAGAGUCUGCGUCCACUUUGCAAGCCACCUCGCUGUUAUGUGUGUAUCGGCUUUAACAGACCCUAUGAAACCGAGCAACUUCAGCAUACUUCGCUCCAACUCCAUCAGCAUCACAGUUUCAUGGACAUACCCACAAUCGACACAUUUCUCCUGGUUCAAUCUCACCAUCUUCCUUCUCGACCACACUCUAGGUGCAUACGUGCAACUGGAUUCGUCUUAUGAACAUGCAGAGUCAGAUUCAGAGUUUGUUGUUGAAGACAUUCCUCCAUGCAGUGAAGUGCGCCUCGCCCUGCAAACGGUCUGUGAGACCCAACUGCACACAACAAGCAGCCUGCCAGUUCUUGUCAACGGCAGCACAGGAAUGGAAUUUCAGAAUGUAAAGCAGACUGCAGCCACAGUCGGAAGUUACACCCUGGAGUGGUCUGUGGUGGGCAAUCUUUCCAGUAUUCGGGUUUUGUUUCAAAUUUACAACGACGACGAACUGAAGUAUUCCACGAGAGAGACAAACUACAUGGUGACUGACUUGCAGCCCUGCACCCAGUACAAGGCGAAAAUAGAGGCAGUGUGCAUCACGGGCUGGAGUAGCAUAACCAUUGAUGCAGUAACUGGUCCUGGAACUGUGUACGAUGUCCAGUUCAUGCCAGAGGAAUUCCGGAUUGUGUGGAAUUCCCAUUCUGGGCCUGGUGUUGCCUUUGGCUACCAGCUGUUAAAAAGGGGUGAUGUCCUUCGGACGGGGUCUGUAAACACCACCUCCCUCGAUAUUGGCUACAUGGAGCCUGAUUCUGAUUCACUGUUUGAACUGGAACUGUUUGAGACAUGCGUUAAGAUGAGAGGUCAUUCUGUAUUCUAUCAGUUUGACUAUAAAGCCUUCUCAAGAAUUCCUUCUAAAGAUUCCUUAUCACGAGGGUUGUGUAAUCUAUGUGAGCUGUCAGAACUUACCAUUGUAGUUCCGUGGAAGCUUCCAUCCUACCUGGUGGACCCUUUUGCAAAGUCCAGACUUAAAUUUAAAGAAAUUUUCGAACACAAACUGGCGGUUAUGUUUAAGGGAUACGAAGGGGCAGCGGGAGUUGUGGUUGAACUCGGAAAUUUCUCACAGCUUGAGAAUGCAACUAAAAUACAUUUUGAAGUCUUCGUUGCAGACGGCAGUGGAAGCAAAGUGCUGUUAAGUGGCGAGCGACAGAGGAAGCAUAUUGAAUCGCUUAACGUCACUAACAUCACUGUCGAGGACAACCACACUCUGCAAUGGGAAGAUGUAGAUGAGUGUGCAGCCUCUGACCUGAAUAAGUGCUUCAAACACUCCCAUUGCAUCAACACCCUGGACUCGUACACCUGUGUGUGCUUUCCCGGGUACUUUGACUUCAGUGAGGUUGGCAGUACUGAGGGAGCACUCUGUGACGAGGCUGGAAUGUAUGUUCUCUGUGAACCUGGCUUGAUGAAAGUUGGAAUUUCGAAAGAGUUUCUGAAGAGCCGGCUUGCUGAGGACCUCAGUCUGGUUCUGAAUGAUGGUAGCUGCCCGGCUGAAGAGGGAGCGGAUUUCUAUUCCUACUCCAUCAGAGACCAGCACACCUACUGUGGAGCUCUGAUUCAGGUGAAUGACACCCAUGCAGUGUUUAAGCAUACGGUCUACACCACCCAUCAGUCCAGGCAGGUUGUCACUCGCACUGACCUGACGCUGGCAUGGGAAUGUGUGUAUCCUCGUGAAUACCUGCUGCAGACCCAGCCAGGAUUGGAUCCAUCCAGUGUGCCUGUGUCGGUAGUGCUGAUCAAGUACAAUUCCAGUGGGAUUCUUCAGCUCCGCAUGACUGUCCAUAAGGAUGACACGUUCAGCGAUGACCUGCUCCCAGAGGAAGUGCUGUACUGGCCAAGCAGUGACGUCUUUUUUGAAGUGACGCUCGGUGCGCCACAGGGAACCUUCGCUGAUGGCUUUGUUUUGGAGGUGGUUUCCUGUUGGGCCACACAGACCCCAAACUCAGCAGAAGAACCAAAGACCUUCUUUCUGAAAGGAAGCUGCCCGGUUGAUCACACGUUCAAGUGGUAUUCUGUGCAGGAAGCUGAGCAGCGGAGUCGUUUUUCUGUGCAAAUGUUUUCCAUCGCCCCCUACAAUCCUAUCCACGUUCACUGCUGGAUCAAGAUCUGUACUGUGACAGAAAAGCACAACUGCUCAAGGAAAUGUCUAGCUACGCCUUCUGUGAGGAGAAGGGAUUUAAAUCACAACUUGAAACCAGGUGAAGCAGUCCUUUCAUUGGGGCCAAUCACUGUUUGGGAUCCAGAUAAAAUGAAGGAGGACCCUGGGCAACGGCUAUCAUUUUGGGGAAAAGUUCAAAAUGCGAUGUUGGUCGUUGGUGGAACAGCAGGAUUCCUGCUUUUAGCUUUGUUUGGUGUGAUUGUACUGAAAGUCAUUGUGAGAUACAGCGAGUUGCAUCAAGAAAGGACUGCGGCACUACAGAAUCACCAUGAGUCACCAGUGUUUAUAUAAAAAAAAAAAAGCGUUUCAAAAGCUAACUCUGUUUACUUUCUGGACCAAUAACAAAAACAACUCCUCUUUGGUCAAGGAAGUCCAGAGCUGUGUACGUACAUGGGAACUCCGUCGUGGUUUUCAGUGCUGACCAAGGCUUUAAAAUAGGUCUUAAUCUCAGCCCCUUUCUUUAAGUUCAUUGGUAUGUGUUUUUUAUUUAAUUGUGAAAUAUUAAAUAAAUACACCCUAUAUAUUUUGGAAGCUUCUGCCUUGUUUCUACCAUUCACUGGGAUUGUUCAAAUUAAUUUGAUACUGUUGAUUUAACAUCAUAAUUCUGGAGAUUUUUAUAUGUAAGAAAGUAUGGCAUGUGCUCAGAAUAAACCUCAUCUAAACCCUGACAAUCCUCCU